CCCCGAAGCUCGCCCUCGAAGGCGGGAGCGGCCGGCGCCUUGGACGGAGGAGGAGGAGGAGGAGGUGGUGGAGGAGGAAUCGCGUCGGGCGGAGCGUCAGGUCCCGUUUUCCUCCCCGGCGUGUUGAAUACAAAGAUUACGGUGCAGAAGGAAAUUGCACUCUCCUCCUCCGCCCCCCGGUCCCCGACACAAUGCACCAGCCGCCCGAGUCCACCACCGCCGCGGCGGCGGCCUCCGCUGCAGACAUGAGUGCUGCUAGGAAGAUGGCGCACCCGGCAAUGUUCCCUCGAAGGGGCAGCGGUGGUGGCAGCGCCUCUGCUCUCAAUGCAGCAGGUACCGGCGUCGGCAGCGCUGCCACAUCGUCGGAGGACUUUCCGCCUCCGUCGCUGCUCCAGCCGCCGCCUCCUGCAGCAUCUUCCACGUCGGGACCACAGCCUCCGCCUCCACAAAGCCUGAACCUCCUCUCGCAGGCUCAGCUGCAGGCGCAGCCUCUUGCGCCAGGCGGAACUCAAAUGAAGAAGAAAAGUGGCUUCCAGAUAACUAGCGUGACUCCAGCUCAGAUCUCUGCCAGCAUCAGCUCCAACAACAGCAUAGCAGAGGACACCGAGAGCUACGACGAUCUGGAUGAAUCUCACACGGAAGAUCUCUCUUCUUCCGAGAUCCUGGAUGUGUCACUUUCCAGGGCUACCGACUUAGGGGAGCCGGAACGCAGCUCCUCUGAAGAGACUCUGAAUAACUUCCAGGAAGCUGAGACACCUGGGGCAGUCUCGCCCAACCAGCCCCACCUUCCUCAGCCUCAUCUGCCUCACCUUCCACCACAGAACGUUGUGAUCAACGGGAAUGCUCAUCCACACCACCUCCACCACCACCAUCACGUUCACCACGGCCACCACCUUCACCAUGGGCAUCACCAUCCUUCCCAUGCUUCUGUGGCCGCCGCAUCCAUCCCCGGAGGGCCGCCUUCAAGCCCAGUGUCCAGAAAACUCUCUACAACUGGAAGCUCGGACGGUGGUGUGCCAGUUGCUCCAACUUCUGCUGUAUCAUCGAGUGGUUCACCUGCGUCUGUAAUGACUAACAUCCGUGCUCCAAGUACUCCAGGUGGUAUAGGUAUAAAUUCUGUUAGUGGCACUAAUACAAUGAGUAAUGUGAGCGCUGCUGCUCUGGGUAGUUUCAGUCCUAAUGUGACAAGCAGCAUGCUUGGUAAUGCUAAUAUAAGUACAAGCAAUAUUCCUAGUGCUGCUAGUGUAAGUGUUGGGCCUGGAGUUACCAGUGGUGUUAAUGUGAAUAUCUUGAGUGGCAUGGGCAAUGGUACUGUUUCUUCCUCUACUGUUACUAACAGUGCUCUUAAUGCUGCUGCAGGGAUGACUGGGGGAUUGGUUUCAAGUCAGCAGCAGCAACCAACAGUUAACACAUCAAGGUUCAGAGUUGUGAAGUUAGAUUCUACUUCUGAACCCUUUAAAAAAGGUAGAUGGACUUGCACUGAGUUCUAUGAAAAAGAAAAUGCUGUACCUGCUACCGAAGGUGUGGUGGUAAACAAAGUGGUAGAGACUGUAAAACAAAACCCAGCAGAAGUGACUUCGGAGAGGGAGAGCACUAGUGGGAGUUCAGUGAGCAGUAGUGUCAGCACACUGAGUCACUACACAGAGAGUGUGGGAAGUGGAGAGAUGGGAGCCCCUACUGUGGUGGUGCAGCAGCAGCAACCAGCUCUUCAAGGUGUGGCCCUCCAACAGAUGGAUUUCAGUAGCCCCGGUCCACAGAGUAUUUCAGCAGUUAGUAUACCACAGAGUAUUUCUCAGCCACAGAUGUCACAAGUACAAUUACAGACUCAAGAACUGAGCUAUCAGCAAAAGCAGGGUCUUCAACCAGUACCUCUGCAAACCACUAUCAAUGCUGCAACUGGUAUCCAGCCAUCACCUGUAAAUGUGGUUGGUGUCACUUCAGCUGUAUGUCAGCAGCCUUCCAUUUCCAGUUUGGCUCAACCCCAGCUGCCAUAUUCUCAGACGGCUGCUCCAGUGCAAACUCCUCUUCCAGGGGCAUCACCCCAACAGUUACAGUAUGGACAACAGCAACCUAUGGUUUCUACACAAAUGGCCCCAGGCCAUGGUCAAUCAGUGACUCAAAAUCCUACUUCAGAAUAUGUACAACAGCAGCCAAUUCUUCAGACAGCAAUGUCCUCUGGACAGUCCAGUUCUGCAGGAGUGGGAACAGGAACAGCAGUGAUUGCUGUGGCUCAGCCACAGGGGAUCCAGCUGCCAGUUCAGUCCACAGCAAUCCAAGCACAACCUGCAGCAGUCUCUAGCCAGUCCAUUGGCCAGGCUCAAACAGCAGUAUCUGCUGUAUCUACUGGCAGUCAAGUUGUAAAUAUUGGUCAACAAGCAAACAUACCUACUGCAGUGCAGCAGCCCUCUUCCCAAGUUACACCUUCAGUUAUUCAGCAAGGUGCUCCUCCAUCUUCACAAGUAGUUCCACCUGCUCAAACUGGGCUUCUUCAUCAGGGAGUUCAAACUAGUGCUUCAGGCGUUCCUCAACAGUUGGUUAUUGCACCCCAGAGUACCUUGUUAACCAUGCCUCCUCAGCCACAGGGAGUAGAGCCAGUAGCUCAAGGAGUUGUUUCGCAGCAGCUGCCCGCAGUUAGUCCUUUGCCCUCUGCUAGUAGUAUUUCUGUUUCAAAUCAGGUUAGUUCAGCUGGUCCUUCUGGAAUGCCUUCUGCCCCAACAAACUUGGUUCCACCACAGAAUAUAGCACAACCCCCUGCCAGUCAAAAUGGUAAUUUGGUUCAAAGUAUUAGUCAAUCUCCCUUGAUAGCAACUAACAUAAAUUUGCCUUUGGCACAGCAGAUAUCCCUAAGUUCUACUCAGUUCUCUGCACAAUCAUUAGCUCAGGCAAUUGGAAGCCAAAUCGAAGAUGCCAGGCGCCCAGCGGAGCCCUCCUCAGUUGGCUUACCUCAGACCAUCAGUGGUGACAGUGGGGGAAUGUCAGCAGUUUCAGAUGGGAGUAGCAGCAGCCUAGCAGCCUCUGCUUCUCUUUUCCCGUUGAAGGUGCUACCGCUGACGACACCCCUGGUGGAUGGCGAGGAUGAGAGUGCUUCUCUCCUACCAGAGGUGCAAGGAGUGAUCCUAGAACCACAGAUACAGCCAAGACUACGGAGAGCUUUUGACGUCAGGGGUCCACUUUCUCCACUGAACCCUUGGAGGCAGAAUAUCCAGCUUCUGGAGAGAGUGGGAAGGAUAAUAAACAAGUGGGUGCUUUCCAUUAUUUACUUGGGUUUGUUUAUAGGUUGGAGUGUCCUUCCAUUCCCAUUUUAUUCUGUUGUUAACUCCUUGGGUUCAUAUAUGAACCAGGUGGGGCUGCAAUCUGUUUUCUGAGAGUACUAACUAGUGCCCAUUCAAAAAAAGUUUUUAUUUAAUUUUCUCUCCAGAUAAUUAAAGCAGUGGAUGAUUUGGGGCACAUGAUUUGGUGAAUGCCUGUGUAGUCCACAGGAAUUUAAGAAAGGAAAUAUUUACCCAUUUUGGCUUUUAUGGUAAUAGUGGACUUCUAAGUGUUUUUUUAUAUUCCAGUAAGAGUUCUAUAUUUCAUCUUUGGGCAAGCUGGACAUCUGAAAUCUUUUAAUUUAUAAAGUCAAAUGUCCAGAUGUUAUCCUACCCUGUUAGUGAGAACUUUUUGGUCUUUUUCCUACCUCAAAUGUUAGGCCUUCAUUUUAGAUCUAUUUUGGUUUUACUGUCAAAUCUAUAGGCUUCAUUCUUUAAUAAAAUAUAUGUGAAUGAGUAUAAGUUUCAGGAUAUAAUAUCCCUGAAAGCUAUAUAUACUCAAAAGUGGUUUUCUAGUCCCUAUUUGUGACAAAAGAGCCUUUGCCAGAUUUUCCCUGUGGCAUUAAGAUGGUUUUCUCUUAGUUUCUUUGAUGCCAAGGGUAGGAUUUGAUUCCAGGAAGUUCUUAUCAUCUACAAUGGGUAGAAUGUGAACUUAGUGUCUUUGGCAAGUUUUCAUUUUUCCUUGGUGGAUUCCUUCUGUGACUCCAGGUAUCUUGAUAAUGGGAGACUGGUUUAUUUGUUCUCUUAAUUGCCCAGAUUUCUUUCAACUGAUUAAACAUCAUACUUCUUCAGCAAAAGGAUUCUUCUAGCAGAACCUUCAUGGAUGAUAUCUGUCACACAUGCCAGCACCUGCAGUUUGGAAGGCAGUGGUGAAUGGAUCCAUGCAAUAUAUCUAGAAGACACAAGGAUGAGCGAGCCACCUGAUCUUGUUAUUUAUAAACUUUUUAAGAUUUACUCUGGUUACUCUUGGUCUGAAAAUGGAAAGGCUCAAAUAAUGAAAUUAUCUUUUACAUGGCCAUGAAAAUACCCUUUCUAUUGAGAAGACUGAAAAAAUAGAGGAAGCUUGAGAGACACCUUUCUUUUAAAGCAGCUCUCUGUAUCUGUUUCACUUAAAAGAUCUGUGAGACUGAAAAAUCACCUUAGUAAAGUAGGCAAACUUUUUGGUUGUUUGUUUUUAAGUGGAAUAGGAAAUCUAAAAACUUGAUGAAACUUUUUUUUUUGGUGUUAUCUGAUGAUACAAGGGACUAAAUAAAGGAUGAAUUUCUUAGUUAUUCCAGUUACUUUCAUUUUAGGGCAUACUCUUUUAGCUCAUCUUUUGCUGGUCUUGAGCCUUAAUAUUUGUCAAAUUAACAAAGAUUGUAGUAUAGCAGUUAAAGAGCUGUCUUUAAGAUGAAAAUAGUUUGGUCUGUCCUCUAAUAUAAUAGAUACUUACUAAACUUGAGGUGGUAUUUUGUACUGAAGGCAUACUAAAGUUUAAGUGAUACCAUCACAGGGCAGUAGUUUAAAGAGCAAAGGCAAUUUGUAGUAUUAGAAUAAGCUUAUAAGUGUGAAUAGUGUUGAAAAAUAGUUACCCAAAUUGUAAGUUACUUGAUAGAAGUAGUUAUCAGAAUGUUCAUUUUUUGGGUAUCAACUGGUCAGUCAAAAGCUAUUAAAAGAAAAUUUUAGAAGUUAUAUGGUGCUGCCAGUUUAUUUUGGCAAAAUUUUAAGAGAAAUUCUCCAGUCGCUAAUACAGAAGCAACUAAAAUAUUUUAAGAAUCUCAAAGGUUUUAGAAGCCACAUUUGCUAAACUAUAACCUGGCCUUUACUCUUUCCUGGCUAUGAUGUUUUUUUCCUCAUUAAUUACAAAUAAAUUUUCAUAAAUGUAGUACUUCAAAGUAAGUUUAAAAGAUCAAUUUGAACUAAAAUUUCCCCCAGAGAGCUCUGAAUUCCCACAAAUAAUAACAGCUCCUGACUUUUUUUGUUAAAUGUUAAUAAGAUAGUUUACAAACAUAGAUAAACUAAGAACAACUAUCCAACACUUUAGAAAGAACUUAGGGAAUUAAAAGUGAGAGUUGUUCAGAAAUUUAAGUUAGUUGAGUUCUUUAAAGCACAGUACAAAUUUUGUGGCCUGUGAGAUUAUUAGCUUUUUGUUUUAGCCUUAAGAUGAAAGUGAUUUAAUCUCUUAAUCUCAUGCUUUAAUUAAAUUUUUAGCUCUGUUCCUUAAAGUGUGCAAAAGAAAUGUAAGU